CGGGAGGCCGGGGCGUGCUCGGCCUCCCCUUUUCCCCACUGCCCGCGACCCCAGCCCCGCUUUCUCCCGCGCCGACCUCAGUCGCCGCUGUCGCCGAGGGUCGCGGCACAGUCUGCGGCCGGGUUACGGGCGCCGCGGGCCGCGCCGGAAGCUGAGAGCGGACGCGGAGUCCCGGGAUGGCGCGACAGGUGUCCGUGGCCUUCCAGGACCUGGCCGUGAGGUUCUCCGAGGAGGAGUGGCAGCUGCUGGGGGAAGGGCAGAGGGCACUCUACCGCGACGUGAUGCGGGAGAACUACGAGACGCUGCGCUCCCUGGGGACAGAUGAGCUGCUCCCCCUCUCUGCCUUCCUGUCUCCUACGGCGCCUGGAGGAGCCACGGAAGGCAGGAGCUACGCUGGUGAGGGGCAGGAGCCUCCUAGGGGAGGAGGCCCCCUGGGAGGCACGCCCCCGCACAGCCUGCACCUCACUGCCCUGGUGCAGCUGGUCAAGGAGAUUCCGGAGUUCCUGUUCGGGGAGGCCAGCCCGGAGAGGGGGAGCGGGAGCGGGAGCGGGGCAGCCAGCCCGGACGGGGAGCAGGGGAGCCCCGAGGCAGCUGUGACUGUGGAGACUUGCCCUCUCCAAGGCCUGCUCGGCUGCCUUCCAGACGCGCCUACUGGCUGGCCCCACCUGGCCACCACAUCUAGCAGUGGCUCAUCGUCCAGCAACCUGCCUGGAGCCGGGGGCCAGGGGAGCCCCGUCCCCAUCAAAACUCCUGACAAACCAAGACCUACAGAGAAGGAAGGCCCGGAAGCCCCAGGUGGGGAGCCCAGCCCUCCUCCCUAUAGCCCCAGCAGGAAGAAGGGCCACGGAAGACAGGGGAGAGCGACGCUGGGGGCAGGUGCUGUAGGAAUCUCUCCUGGGAGCAGCCCCUUGCAAGGCCUUAUCAACUGCCUGAAGGAAAUCCUUGUGCCUGGACCCCAGCACCCUGAGGUGUCCCGAGGCUUGCUGCCUCCUGACCCCGGCCAGGGCACCUCCCAGCUAACCGGAGCGGAGCUGAGGCCUGAGAGCCCACCCUGGGGAGUGAAGACAGAGGCAGCUUCCGGGGCUUGUCCCCUCCAGGGUCUGCUGAACUGUCUGAAGGAGAUCCCGGAGGCCCGGCACAGGCGUCCUAGCCCCUCAGGAGUAGGGGACCCACCGCUACAGGAGGACCCAGGGACCUGCCAAAGGAAUUCUGGAGGGCCCAGACCCCUGCAGACCCCUCCUCCCGGGCCUGGUCCGGGAGCUGGCAGCGUGCUCUCUGUGGUGAAGAUGGAGGACGGCUGGGCCCAGAGCCUCCCCGUGCCUGCGUCCUGUCAGCUCAGCAAGUGGACCCACAGCCCCUCUGCCGCCAGCAGCCAGCGGGGCGACGGAGAGACCAGAGGGGCCCGAGUGCCCAGCUGGGGUCCCAUAGCUCAAGCCGGCAGUGCCUCGAGCUCACCCCUGGAAGCCCUGGAGGCCUGUCUGAAGGGCAUUCCCCUGAGUGGGUCGUUACCUCCCCAGCCGCCGGCCACCUCUGGAUUCCAGAGCCCUCAGCCAGGAGACCCCGGGUCUCAGAGGCCCGAGCUGCAGCCCUGCAGAUCACACACUGAAGAGGUGACUGUGGGGCCUCUUCUGGCUCUGAGUCUGCAGGGCUAUGUGAGAGGCAGCCCUGCCCUCCCCUCAGGUCCCCACAGCACCCCUCCCAGCUUCUCCUCGUCCAGCAGCACCGAUGGGGACCUGGAUUUCCAGAGCCCUGGGGGCAGCCAGGGGCGUCCGCCUGGAAAAGGAAGCCCAGUGGGAAGCUCCCCGCUCCAGGGCCUGGAGAACUGUCUCAGAGAGAUACCUAUGCUCAGGCCGCAGUCAGCCUCGUCCUGGUCCUCAGCAGGGGACAGGGGGUCCCAGAGAGCGGAGCCCAAGAAUUGGACGGCAGACAGGGAAGGACUGAGAGGCGAGGCCUGUGAGCCAGCUCAUCUGGGACAGAGUCAGGGGGAAGCACCCACCCGGAGCUUCCGGCUGGCCAGCCCCCAGGCGCUCACCUCCAGCAGCGGCCCCAUCUGCUACCAGCGAGGGCUCAGAGACCAUGGGGCCACCAGGCCAGGGCCGUGGAGGUGGCCCCAGGAUGGCGCAGCCACGAAGCCCUCCCCACUCCACUGUCUGGAGAACUCUCUGAAGGGGAUCUUGCCCGGGAGGCCCCUGCGCUUCGCCUGCUUGGCAGGUCCCAGUCCCAGCCCCAGCCCCAGCCCCAGCUCCAGCUUCAGCAGCUCAGAAGGAGACGAGUUCUGGCAGCUGCUCCCUCAGGAGAGGGACCGUCUUCCUGGCUGCAAGGCCCCUGGCCCUCUGUCCCCACGCCCGGGUGGCGCCCCCACUGGCAGCAGCCCUGGUGAAGGCCCGGGGAGAGCAGAGCCCGGGGACCGCUGCAGGCUCGGUGCAGGAAAAGCAGAAGAGAAGACAGGGGGCAGGUCCCAGUUGCCCUGGAGAGACGUGUACUCAGAAACCCCGGGCCGGCCUGGCCCCCUGGGCAGUGCUGGAGGAGGGGCAGCUGGGAACCCCUGCCCUGCUCCUCAGCCAGAGAAGAGGCCUGGCCCAGGGCCCUGCCAGCCUCUUGGAUCAGCCCCUGGGCCCCUGUCGUGGAAGCCCAGGGUCAGUGAAGAAUCCAGGGGUCCAGGGUCUGGAAAUGGAAGACCAAGUGUUGCAGCCGGGUCCCAUAGGAAGUCACUUCCCAGAGGCCUGCCUGAGCCACCCCCUGCCGCUACCGUCCGUCCGGCUUUGCCGCAGGCGCCCCCCCAGCCGUGCCCCUGCGGAAGCUCUGUGCAGCCCGAGCUCCGCAGCCUUGGCGCCGCCCUCUCGGAGAAGCUGGAUCGGCUGGCCGCGGCCCUGGCAGGCCUGUCUCAGGAAGUAGCCACCAUGAGGACCCAGGUGGAUCGGCUAGGGAGGCGCCCUCGGGGCCCUGGGCCGAAGUGCCAGGCUUCCUGGCCGUGGGCCCCCUCCCGGGGACCUCGCUGGGCCAAUGGCCCUGCUCACAGACACCUCCCCUACUGGAGACAGAAGGGGCCCACCAGGCCGAAACCAAAGAUCCUGCGUAGUCAGGCGGAAGGCGGCAGGGCUGGUGACGCCUCAGGCCUCUCCUGCCGAAGGUUCCGCCCCGUAUCUCAGCUGCCUCCAGAUGCCCCCACGGCAGAACCUUCUGGGCCCAACUCCAGCCCUUCCCAGCAGCCGCCCUCCUCAGCACGCAGCUGCCGCGCCGUGGUGCCUGUGCAUGCCUCCCUUGGACACACUGGGGGUCACCGGAGUCCCCCGACCCCUUCAGUGCCUACUGCCUUACCCCCACAGAUGGCUUCUGCAGCCAGGGUAGAUGCAGAGCCGCAGUUUGCAGCCAUGGUGCCGCCUGGGGCCGGCAGCCAGCCCAAGGAUCCAAACAGCCUGAUGGCUGGGGGCCAGAGAGCCCCUGAGGAGCAGCUGUGGGGUGGGGAACAUAGGGCGCCGAGGUGGGGGGCCCCUAACCACCUUCUUCAUCGGCUCGGUCCUGCUGAAGCUGUCCCGAGCCUGGCCACUUCUCCUAGGGGCUGUCCCGCGCCCUCACCCUGCUCCAGCCGAACCUUCCCCACUUCUGGGCUGUGAAGGGGCUGGGAGUUUUGCCAUUGGCCUGAGCACCCCUGACUCCAGGACGCUGUUUGCUCAGGGAGGCCGCUGUUGGGGGUGCAUUUCUCAGCCACGCCUCUGGUCUUCUUGGCUCAGGUUCAUUCAGAUGCUGCUUCCCCGUCUUGUCCUUCCCACUGGAACUGUCGUAGCUUGCAGGUGACUGGUGGGCCUGCACGCGUGCGCACACCACGUUUGCCUGGGCACUCCAGCCGCUGCAGAGGGACCACGAGCACCCCGCUUCCUAGCAUCUGCCCUUCCUGAUCUCAGCACUGAGGAGGGCUUGGCCCUUGCUUUCCUGGUAAAUCGAGGGCAUGGGUUUCACUUGGAGAGAACCCUGCCCCUCGGCUGAAGCUGGAUUUGCCCGUGUGGAGUCUGACAGGAGAACUGGGGGACUGAGGGAAAGGCCCUCGGCUCCUAGGAAGGGGCCCCGCAGGGCCGGACCAGGGCCACUGUUGGUUCUCUUAGCAGGACGAGUACCUAGUCGGCUCAGCUGCCUGCCUCUCUGCACCCUCGAGAGAACUCCGCAGUGUCCCGGAAGGCUGGGAAGAUCAGCUGCGGAACAGAAUUCCCAGAUGGGUCCUCAGAAGAGCCCCGCACAUUAUACUGUGAGCACAGACCACAGACCACAGACCGGGAAGCGUGAACAACGCACACUCACUCUCACAGCCUGGAGGCCAGAGUCCGGGCUCAGGGUGGUAGCCGGUCCGGCUCCUACUGACACAGUGAGGGAGAGUCUGCCCCAGGGCUCCCUCCUGGCUUCUCACUGGCCGUCUUCAUGGCCACGUAGCUUUCUCCCCCAACGCGUGCGUCCAGAUUUCCCCUUUGUGUAGGGACAGCGUCGGACUGAGCCCGCCCCAGUGCCCUCACUGUGACUUGAUCACCUCUUUAAAACCCUGUCUCCAAGUAAGGUCAUGUUCUUAGGUACUGGGAGUUAGGACUUCAACAUGGAUUUCAAAACAUAACACGUGUAAGGGACUGGGUUGGUCUUCUUGAGUUCGUCUUGGGAGGAGAGGCCUGACUUGGGAGGAGAGGCCCCCAGAAGGGCCUGCUCUGGGCCCCACCCCACUCGGUCGUAUAUUGGGAGUCCUGCCUGUGGCUUACCUGCCUCAUGUCCUUCCCCAGGCUCAGAGCUUUUCCCCCAGCCUUAUGUUCUCACUUUUCGUCCUUACUGGAUGUGAAGAAUCUUCGGGAACUGUGUGCACGUUGCCCGGGAGGGGCCACCGGGCCGGGCUGGUGUGGUCAGCUCAGCAGUCAGGGAACCCAGGUGCCAGGGCUGAGGCCCAGGCCAACUCGGGGCCCAAAAGGGGCUGUAGGCCUGCGGCUGUCAUGUCUGCUCUGGGUCCCGGGACACAGGCAGGGCCUGGCCUGCGCUCCUGGCUGCCCCUCUGGAGGGAAGGGGGAGGGGCUGGGCUGCCCGCCGGUCACAGUGGGGUCGUUGCCCUCUGUUCAGGACUAAGUCCCAAGAGGACUGUCUCGGAAGCUAAUGUCUAGAAGAUCAUGUCAUUGAAUGUUUAAAAGAAGCAGUGUCUUCACGUGUAGCCAUACUUGAUAAGGGCAAAAGGAACAAAAAACUUCUAGACUUUCCCCUCAAAGACCUCAGGAAGAUGAGUAAAUUCCUUUUCGGGCUUCAGCGAGCGAGGGCUGGGCACGUUUCGGAGCCCAUGGAGAGGGGAGGACAGGGCUGGGGGGAGGGGCGGAGGGUGCUGUCAGGAGGAGGAGGGUUCUGGGUGCCCCUGCUCAGCCCCCCCUCAGUCCUGCCCACUGGCCUCCUGUCCCUUCUGCCCCUAGUCAGCAGCGGUCAUGGAGGUGGUCAACACCCACUUUGAAUGGCAUUUUAAGGUUUUGUUUGGUGGACUUCAUGAAUAUCAGGCAUCACACAGACCCUUAGCAGCAGGAGUGAAGGAGCAAAUGAGCUCAGAGGGCAGAGGUGACCUUGAAUUUGCAGAGCUUGUCCUUGGCGGAGCCUGCAGGAGCACUGCACCCCUGUCGGUGCUUGGCAGCCGGGCACGUGCCCUCACCCGCUGGGUGACCCUCCUUCCAGCCUUCCCCUGCGCUGCAGACAAGGAUGCUCGGGGCGAGCCCAGUCUCGGUGGUCCAGACCCAAUCCGACCAUAUAGGAAGCUCAAGUCUUUUUUUUUUUUUUUUUUUUUUUUUGGAGAAUGUGGAAAACAAAUAAUAAAAUGAAUGGUAAGAAG